AGACACCUGCGAGUGACACUGAAUCUCCCCUUGAAACUGAGACGUUAAGAAAACAAUUUUGACAUGUCAUGCCCCAAGAAGGUUCUCUCGGGAAAUGAAAAACAAAAUUGCAUCAAAUACUGAAAUUUCUUUCAGUAAGGAUUCUGUGAACUGUGUUGUUUAAGUUCAGGAUAGUGAAUAAUAUCGGCAUGGUGUUCUUCCCAGUACUUUUGGUUUUGACUUACCUCCUUGCUGCAGAAUCUUCAGGGCAUCUUCGCCUGGAGCCACCUGGUGAUUUUUAUGCUUUCUUUACGGGUGAUAGCUUUUUUAUUACCUGCAUACCUGACCCAUCAAGCAGAGCGACUCGACUGACUUGGCAAACACCGAAUGGAAGAGAUAUCACGCACACCAGAGGAAGAGUUCACGUGGAGCCAUCAGCCAAUAAUAUACUAGGUUUAGAGCUAGUUGUGGAAGACGUUCGAUACAAGGAUCAAGGCACUUUCACGUGCUCUGCUGUCGUUGAUGGCAGAGAAACAAGAAUUCAGUUUCACCUCAAAGUUUACCUGUCUAUAACAUUCUGGGACACACCUGAUGUCCAAAUAGGAAAGGAAGGCACUGAUUUCAUGAUAAUGUGUAAUGUCCGAGCAGACCCAUCACCUAUAGUAUCAUGGUACGUCAAUGAUACUAUUAUCAUGGAUGGUCCUCGUCGCACAAUAACCGAGGAUGGGCUUUUCGUUAGAAACCUAAAAACUUCGGAUUCAGGAACUUACACAUGUCGAGCAUUUGUUGUGACGCCUCACAAAUCCCAGAUACAGGACAAGAACAUUGCGGUCUACGUCCAUUACAAACCUGUUUGGGUAAAUCCUGAUAUUGACACAUUUUAUGCUGUUGUGGGAUCCACUGGGAGUCUAGUCUGUGAAGCUAGGUCAGAACCUUCACCAACAUUUGAAUGGUUUAAAGGCAGGGCACUUCUUGGAAAUAGCAAGAUUUAUAAGAUUAUUAAUGAAAAGUACAGAAGCACUUUACAGGUGAAGGUAAAAAAUCACUCAAAUUUGGGCAACUACUUAUGUCUUGUGAGUAAUUCUGUGGGCGAAAUACAGAAGGACAUAUUUCUAUUAGAAGGAGUCCCACCGAAUGUUCCAUCAUUUACGCUAACUAGUGAAGAAGCAGGGAUUUUGGCUGUCAAAAUAUAUCAAUCUCCUCAUGACACCCUUCCUUUAACUGGAUAUAAAAUCCAGUGGAAACCAGCCACAGCUUCAUGGAAACACGCACGAGAGUAUUUAACAAGCACGGGAAAUGACGUCAUGAUACAAGAUUUAAAUUUUGACAGCGAUUACGCUGUUAGAGUGAGCGCAAGAAAUGAAAUCGGAUACAGCAAUUUUACUGAAACUUUGAUUCAAAGGACAAAAGGUCUUAUAGCCGAGACCGUAGUUGAUGGCAGCAAAGUUCUGUCUUCCACAUUCAACAACAGAUCUGCACAUCUGCAAAAUUCGCUGGUACUCUACGGGGCCAUUCUGUUCAUGAUAGAUUGGUCCUUCCAGCGCACCAGAGCUGUAUCAUGAUCAUGCAAUCCAUAUUUCAAGGACACUUCAUUUUGGUUCAAGACUUGAUGUCACUCCCUUGUUGGAUUUGUGCUAUAAGUAUUCAAAACAUGGAAGAAUUGAAUGUUAAUCGAGUGUUGCAUUAACCCUUUCCCCACGGAUAAAGCACUCUCAAUGUUUAUCCAUGAAUACCAUAUCUAUGUCUGUGGUAAAUGUCUGUGAUUCUAUUGAAAGAUGUAAUAUGUACAUUGAUUUUUUCGUUUAAUUUUGUGAAGGAAUAUAAAAUGUUUAUGGUGCCAUUUUACUGAAAUACAAACUUGAUUUAAAUCCAACUGAAUAUUUUCGUUGAAAUAAAAAA